GUGCGUGGAGGAGCAAAGUGUACCAAUUUAUUGAAAUAAUUGCGAUUUUCUCGUGGCCCUCGCAUCUCCGAUCGUAUGAAUAUCGCGAGCAGCCGUUUAAUCGAAGCCACUCGAUCGAGAGCUCAGCCGGACAGAUUUUUCACCCCUUUUGAGAAAUUUUCGAUUUCCACUUUGUCCGAUACUCUUUCAGACAAUGGCAAUAAGCGUCAAGCUAAAUGAACACAUGACGACAUGAGUUCUCUUCAGCAAACCGGUCGAUUCCUUCCUUUCAGUAAUAACAAUAUACAGAGGAAACAAUUGUCAUCUCAAGGAGGUUUGCCCCAAAGCUUAAGUGGUAGCGAUACCGAUGUUUCCACAUCGAACGAGAAUUUAAGUAACGAAGAACGAUAUGUUAUAAGACAUACGGCGCGUCAAGAGCCACAAGGACAAGAGAAUCAGCAACAGAGUCCAUCGAGAUCUUCCAGUCAUAAGGAGAACAUACCAAAUAUUCAAGGUAACCUGCUCAACAGAAACAGUUUGAAAGAUAGCCUGAGUGGUUCUAACAGGAACAGCUUGAAGGAAAGCUUAAAUGGUUCGAAUCGAAAUAGCUUGAAAGAUAGCAUUAACGGCUCUAACAGAAACAGCUUAAAAGACAAUCUGAGCAAUCGUACUAGUUUAGGGUCGAAUCGAAGUAGCCUGGAUGUGUCUACGAGCUCUUAUAAUACACUUAUAAUACAUAAUGCAAACGACGAGAGUACAUGGACGCCGUCCGGAAGAUUAUCUAGCAGUGUGAGAGAACACGGAGACAUGGGCUAUCUAUAUUGUGAAGGCGGUGGCAAAGGACAUUCGAAUAGUCCAAUAAUGCAGUCUUUGGCAAACUUGUCGCAUGAGGAACAUCUCUACGAUCAGUCAGGUAGCGGUGGAUGUCAAGAAAUUACUGACAUUCCAGAUGACUAUCUCAGUCAAUCGCAGGUGUUAAAACAUCUGGCAAAGGAAGUUAAAGUUCCUUCAUAUGGAAAGCUCGCGAAUAAUGGCGGUACCAUGGAAUUAAAGAUGCGUGAAACCGACCGAGGGAAACAAAGUGAUGACUACGAAGACAGACCACCACCUUCCUACACUUCAACAUUGCUACCUUUAAAGAGCAAAUACAGACUUCUUGGUCCUGCUGAGAAAUUGACGCUGUCACGGUCACAGCCUGAUUUAUCGAGAAUUGGAAAAGUUGAUAUCGAUGGGUAUGACCCACGAGCCACUUCUCCUCGUCCUCAGACCAAGGGAAGAGAGGAAAUCGAGACGACAACGGGUGAGAUUUGGCCACCAUCUGAAAUGGUUCAGAUAGUGAUUCAAGAGAACAGUGCCUUGAAACUGGAACUGGAGCGUUGUUACAACAAGGUAGCAAAGUCCCAGAAACUCGAGCAAGAGAUAACAAAGGUGCAUCGUGCCCAUGAAGAGUUGGCCGCGUCUUGCGAGCGAAGAGAGAAACUCGAAAGGGCAGCUCGACUAAGGCUGCAAAACGAUUGUCGGAGACUUACGGAGCUGAAUCGUGCCUUAAGGGAGCAAAUUGACUUGCUCUCCUCUCGCAUGGACAGCCCACCCAUUGUGGAGUCCAUGAAGAAGGAGCUAACGCAACGAGAGCUGCUCAUCGGUCAACUGAUCACACAAAAUAAAGAACUGGCCGCUGCGAAGGAAAGGCAGGAAAUCGAGCUGGCAGCCCAGCGAGCUACUCUUCAGGAACAACGAACGCAUAUCGACAUUUUGGACACUGCCCUCACCAACGCACAAGGAAAUGUUGUACGCCUAGAAGAGGAGUCCCGCAAGAAGCAGGUGUACGUGGAAAGAGUAGGCCAGCUGCAGCGAGCUCUCUCUUCUCUUCAAGCUUCCAGCGACAGGCGAGAGGAAACGGAGCGACAAUUGCGGGGCCAAUUGGAAAGAGAACUCAGGGAAGGUGGAGGUGCCAACAGCAGCGAACAGUCAUCCAGUGGGGAGACGAUCGCCGAUUUGAAGAGGAGGAUACGCGAACGGGAUGAGAAAAUUAUGUCCCUGGAAGGUGACGUUGCUAAGUGGGAACAGCGUUACCUGGAAGAGAGUGCCUUACGUCAGGCUGCUAUCGACGCAGCUAGUCUUCCAAAAGAUGCUAAAAUCGCUGCUCUGGAAAAGACGAGUCAAGACGCUGAGAAAUUGAUAGCGGAAGCUCGCUCGGAGAAGAUGCGACACAUGGACGAGGUGCACGCAGCUCAGAAGAAGUUGGCGGAUCUCGAAUCCAGGAUGAAAGAUUUGGAGUCGAAACUCGCCGAGAGGGACGCGAUGAUAAGAGUCCUGCAGAAGCACACUUACGAUAAGGACAGUAGCAGCAGUAGUGGAGUAGGCAGCUAUCCAGCGGCCCAUUCCUCCCAUUCGAGCACUUCGGCGGACCAUCACACUGCACUGACCAGCACACCGGAACUCGUGAGCAGUGUGCUGGGUGGCGGUAGCGGUUACGGCAGCACCGGGUCCUACGGAGUGGCGGACAGCUACAAGUAUAGGAAGCAAGGCAGUUUCGAGCAAACUAACAAAAGUCUCGACGACCAGCUGAAGGAGCUAGACUCUCAGCUGCUCAGUAAGCGGGCACUUUGCUGUUUUCCAGGAUUCUCUAAUCCAGGCACUGCGUCGCGAAAAGGAAAAAUACCCAAGCCAUUAUUGGCGGGUGUAGAUAGUACAGGUAGCUCGAGCACGGCCUCCAGCAAGAGCCGCCUCCUGGACGACCCGGCCGAGGCGUCCGGCGGGAUCCUGGAGUUCGCCCACGCGGUCAGGUUCAAGAGCGCCGCCUCGAGGCUCUCGGACGGGAAGCCGGAGGACAUGAUGCUGCUGGAGAAGCAAGGUCGCAGCUCCCAGAGACAGCGGAUGCAGGAAGGGGAGCCUCGAAGAGCGGGCAGUCUGCCUCCCAGCUCGCUGCCGAGGCCCCCCAGGACCCUGAAGUCCGGGAACUCGCGGUACUGCAGACUCAGCGACUCGGAGGCUCGCAAGAAGUCGGACCCUGGACCGAGCAUGGAGCCGGCGACGAAGUCGGGCCGCGACUCCGGGAACUGCACCCUGGAGUACGGCAGGUUCGACCCCAAGGCCCAGCGCAGGAAGAAGUCCUCGGGGUCCGAGGCCUCGGUCAGGAGCAACUCCCCCACCGCGAAGAAGAACCUCGCUCUGCCGGGGGAGUACGAGCGGCUCGGCGACCUGGAGCGCAAAAAGCAAGGUAACCCCGAGGUCAAGCACCGCGAGAAUCACGGACGGUCCUUGAUACCGCCGCCCUCGAGGCGCAUCGGGGAGUACGGCAGGCUGAGCGACGGCGACGGCAAGGGAACCCUCAGGAAACUGGGCGGAUCUCGGGGACAGAGCACCGGCAGCACUGUCAGCAGCAAGAGCGGAGGUCGCGACUCCGGGGGCACUGCCAGCAGCGAGGCUUCCUGCUCCUCUCUGCCGCCCACCAAGGCUAGGUCCAUUCCUCGGCCCAGCAACUAUCGCAUCCAGUUCUGAAAGGUAGAGUCCGACGAGCCGGCC